UUAAGUGAACAAGAUCUCCUUUCCCCCUGUACCCUCACACCUCAUCCUGGGAUCAGAGCAAGGGGAGCUGCUGUAUGCUGCCAGGACACACUUGGGAUGUGAAUAGCACAAGCUCCAGCUGGGACCUCCUGAUGAAUUAACUCACAGACACACUGAGAAGAACAGAUACAUUUUGGAACCUUCAGAGCCAGCCUGGUGGAACUACCCGGUGACUUGAUGUGGAUUAUGGAGGUGGAAGCCAGGUCGUUAUCAGAGAAUUCGAAUUCUGUGGGUGAAGAGGUCUAUAACUGAAGGUCUACAGGAUCUCCUGGGGGAGAGAGGCAGGACUUCCCGACUGGGUCUUCUAAUGUCUCUACAAUUAAACAGACCUUGGGGUUAUUAUGCCAAUAUUUGUUUUAUUAUUCUACAAUAGUCGAGAUGAAGGAAAAAUCAAAAAACGCAGCCAAAACCAGAAGAGAAAAGGAGAAUGGGGAAUUUUAUGAACUGGCCAAAUUAUUGCCUCUGCCGUCGGCCAUCACUUCCCAACUAGACAAAGCGUCCAUCAUCCGCCUGACCACCAGCUACCUAAAAAUGAGGGCAGUCUUUCCAGACGGAUUAGGUGAUGCUUGGGGCCAUCCAUCUCGAAUUGGACCAUUGGAUAAUGUGGCAAAAGAACUAGGAUCUCAUCUGCUGCAGACUCUCGAUGGAUUUGUUUUCGUAGUUGCGUCUGACGGAAAAAUAAUGUACAUUUCAGAGACGGCGUCCGUUCAUCUAGGUCUCUCGCAGGUGGAGCUGACCGGUAAUAGUAUUUAUGAAUACAUACAUCCUUCGGAUCACGAUGAAAUGACAGCCGUUCUCACAGCCCAUCAGCCUCUUCAUCCACACCUGCUUCAAGAAUAUGAGAUCGAGAGAUCAUUCUUCCUACGGAUGAAAUGCGUUCUUGCCAAAAGAAAUGCAGGGCUCACAUGUAGCGGCUACAAGGUGAUUCACUGCAGUGGGUAUCUGAAAAUAAGGCAGUAUAUGCUGGACAUUUCUUUAUAUGACUCCUGCUAUCAAAUUGUAGGGCUCGUAGCUGUUGGACAGUCCUUACCCCCAAGUGCAAUAACAGAGAUCAAACUCCACAGUAAUAUGUUCAUGUUCAGAGCAAGCCUGGAUCUGAAACUCAUCUUCCUGGAUUCAAGAGUAGCUGAACUAACUGGAUAUGAACCGCAAGACUUAAUUGAGAAAACCCUCUAUCACCAUGUGCAUGGCUGUGACGUGUUCCACCUUCGAUACGCUCAUCAUCUCUUGUUGGUGAAAGGCCAGGUCACAACAAAAUAUUACCGGUUACUGUCUAAGCACGGAGGCUGGGUCUGGGUGCAGAGCUACGCAACCAUUGUACACAACAGUCGUUCAUCGAGACCUCACUGCAUUGUGAGUGUGAACUACGUGCUCACAGAUAUUGAAUACAAAGACCUCCAGAUGUCUUUAGAGCAAGUUACGGUUUCGAAAACACCAUUUCCCUGCAGGACCACAAUGACUACCUCACAGGAAGCACGGAAACCAGGCAAAAUGAAACCGGUGAAACUUAAAUCCAAAUCAAGAACAAAUCCGUACCCCCAGCCAUACAGCACUUUCCAAAAUGAUAAAAAUGAAUGCACCCAGUAUGGAAACUGGAAAGGGAGCCCAACGAUAAAUGCUGCAAUGACUCAAGACCAGAACAGUAAUUCGGAAAACAAUGAACUUUUAUACACCCCUGCGUACAGCUUGCCAUUUCCUUACCACUAUGGACACUUUCCCAUCGAUUCCCACGUACUAGGUGGUAAGAAACAAGGAAGGCCGCCUAGAUUUGCACAGUCGCAAGCACCCCCCUGUGAAGUGGCACGGUUUUUCUUCAGCACACUACAGACAGGUGGCGAAUGCCACUGGCAUUAUGCCAACUCUAUAGUGCAAAAUUCUCCACCAAAGAAUGUUCACGAUCCAACGGUGACACCACCUCAGCACUGCCUGGCUCAGAGUUAUGAAGCAACUAAGAGAUACAGUGAUGGAGACAACCUGUCUGAAGGAUUUAUUGGAUGCUCAUCGUCAAGACCGAACAACAGAUACAAAGAUGAACUCUACUGUGCGACGGCCAUGAAGACCAACAAGUUGGAAACCAGGUCAACGCCAAUUUACCACACUGUAAAAGAGGAAAACAAGUUGACUUUCAGCAGAUACCAGCAGGAGAAAAUGGCUGCCAGUGAGAAGCACUAUUCCAAUGCUUUGAACAAUUCUGUUCUGCCAAAGUCUGAAUGCCUUCAUGCAAAGACUAUCGGACAAUUAAGUCAUCUCUUACCAAGACCAAUGGUUUAUGAGCAGACGCGAAGGAUUUGUAUGAAGGAAACCCGAUAUGGGAAUGUCAACCAUCAUCACACAGGUUACAAUGAACUAGAAAACAACGAACGAGUGACUCCAAAAUUUCCGCACCCCAAUACAGAACACGAGCACUUCAAGUCUAGUGAACAAGCGCCCUAUGUACCUCUUAAUUACCAUCAUGUGUUAACCAAACAUGGGACAUGCCAAAUGUCACCGUGUUCCGGAGCAGAUCAUGGGACAGAAAGCUAUGGUUGUAACUCUGAAGAUGUAAACUCGUUUAUUUACAAAAACCAAAGUCUGUCAUCCAUCUCUUCCCCAGAGACCCAAAGGGAAACUGCACUUCCACAUUAUAUUGGGACUUCGGUAAUAAUAACCAAUGGAAGGUGACAGUAUCAUGGGUGGUUUUAGUUUGCUAAUAAAGAAAUGGAAUUAUUCACACAGUAUCAGGAUAAGACAUGGUGACCAAUCACUCACCUUGCAAAACUGAAGGUCAUUAAAGGACAAACAAACAUGUGCCCUUGGCAAACCAAGUGUAACCAAAGCUGAUAAGAAAUCAUACUCUUAGCUCCAGAGUAACGUAAACAGAGUAAUAUUAAUCUCUGGUGUAGACCAGGCCAUUUGAGAAGUCAUAUGCCGGAUCAUAUUUCACUAUUUCCGACUGCAGAAUUAAUGAAAGUGAUACAUGCAGUUUAACAUGUACAUGAGGAAAGUAAAAAAAAAAGAAAAUAUAAUCUGCUGUAACAAAAAAAUAAAUAAAUACAAAGUGAAAAAAUUAAGCAAGUCCAUGGGGAGAGAUGUAUAAAUAAAGACUUAAUUGCUAAAUAUAUCCCCCUUAGUCUUAUUUUUUCCUCUGCGUUUUAUACAAUGCUCAAGAUCUGUGAGUAAUCUUAUCAGGCUAUAGAAAAAAUUAAAUAAUUCACAAAUAAAUGUUUUCACAAAUCUGAAUAUAAAAUAAAAAGGCCCAAUAAUGGAUACAUUCAUUAAACAUCGGAUUUUGGUAUGAUGACAACCAAUUUUUUUUUAAAAAAAUGCAAAUUAUCCAAUCUCCAAAUCAACUGAGUCAGAGUUUAUUUCAAACCUGUCUACAUUUUUCAAGUUGUCAACUCACUACAAAUCACUUAUUUACAGACUUAUUCAGUAACGUGUGAAUGGUUUGGAAGUCAAAGAAAACGCAAAUUUAAGGGCCAAAAUAUCUGAACUGAAACCCUGAAUGUUCCCAAAUUGGCUGUUUUUGACCUACAAUUUGAAAUUCACCAAUAUUUGUAUUUUGGUGCAGCCACACAAGUUGCACACAGUUGCCCAAUUUCUGUCUCACCCACACAUUAUACAUCUCUCCCCCGUUAUUAGACACAUGUAACACAAUGCUCCAGGUAGCUUUCUGUUAAGCCAAUUAAAACAAUUCUCCUUUUUAACAUGUCUAUAGUAAUGUCAAACAGGCUGGCAGCCAAACACUGCCUUUGUAUGCCUAAUAAAAGAUAAUCUGAGCAAA